GUCGUUUCAAAUAAUUUUCUCCUUUGAUUCGAGUUGUUUCUGUAUUGCACAGACGUCAGACAAAAUUGAAUCAGCAAAAAAUAAAUAUUUUUGAAUCGCGCAACAUGAGCCUUCUACUAUCGAGUUUCCGGCACGGCACCCGGAAUUUACCACGAUGUGCCAGUGUUAUCUACAGAACGCAAAACGUUAGAGUGGGUCACCGAGCUGCUCUGCACGCAUCAGAUGGACAUCAAUCAAACGGCAUCCCUCGAAGGUACCUCAGUUCUAUGAACCCAAACGAUUUCAUUGCGGUAUCGCUCAUCGACUCCGUCACUUUCGAGACGGUUUGCUCCGACACGUUAGAGUCGCUGUGCGACUAUUUUGAACUCUUGGUGGAAGAUGCCAGCUUCCUCAAAUCAGCUGAUAUCACCUAUGGGGACGGCGUACUUACGGUGAAUUUCGGGAAUCCUUACGGCACAUACGUCAUCAAUCGGCAAUCACCGAACCGCCAGAUUUGGCUGAGUUCCCCGACAAGUGGCCCCAAGCGGUACGACUUCAUUCCGGAUAAGUCCAAGGUUAACGAGGGCUUCUGGCUUUACAAACACGACGGUGUCUCGCUACAUGAGCUUCUACAGAAAGAAAUCGCUCCAAUAGUGCAGAAGGAAGUAGACUUCCUGUCGCUGCCGCACAGUAAUCGAGUGGGUAUUUAAAAAAGGGCAAUGAUGGGCAGGACUUAGGAUAAAUAAAAUUUAAUUAUUGAUUUAAAAAAAA